AGGUGUGAACGACGAGUGUAUUGGACAAGUGCGGUAGAGAUCCAGUGGAUGCUUGGGUUUGAAGGUUCGGGGUUGAAGUGUGUCUGGAGAGACUCUAAAAAUGUACGCCGGAGCUUUGGGCAUACGGAUCCAUUGCAGUAAGUGCGCAAUGUGUGCGGCAGUUGAAGAGCCGCUGCGCGAUUCAGGAGUUGGAAUUUGCUCCGGUUUGCGAGAAGUGCGCAUCCAGAUACCGACGGCCGUGAAGAAAGGUGAAUCGGCGAUACUGAACUGCUGGUAUGACACCGAGGGGGACCCUUUAUACGCCGUCAAGUGGUACAAAGGGGGUCGAGAGUUUUAUCGUUACGCCCCGAACGAGACCCCGGUCGUCAAGACUUUCCCCAUCGGAAACUUGACGGUGAAGAAACCCGAGAGCAACGCGACGCAAGUCAGCCUGACGAAUUUGGAGCUGAACGCUGCCGGGGAGUACAGCUGCGAGGUGUCGGCGGACGCGCCAUCGUUCCACACGGCCAUAGUUUCCGCCACCAUGAACGUCGUUGGUAAGGGUAACGGUGUUUAUUAACGGGACAGACGGAACUUUACGCGCUGGAGAAACAUCGCCUGGAGAAGUCUCUGACCGCCGUUGGCUCGCAGUUUCGAACUGCGAAUUAAUACCAGCCACGGCCCUGGUGGACUUAAGGGCUUACGCGAAUCGCUGUGGACCGAGCCGAAGAUAAUACUGCGGGUACACGCGACGGAACGAACGGGAAUUAGGUGUUUUAGGUGAAGGGGAAUUAGGUUAACCGGCUGGUUUUAUUCUGUCAACCUCCUUCCGCGCUUUUUCAUUCCUCGUCGCGAUACUAAAACCAGCCGCUCACCUUUGGAGACGCGAAACAUAGAAGCGGGAGGCAUCAACGCCAUGCCACUCUGGCAGCGCCGUCAGCGUUGCUCAUUAAUUUAUCGGACGUAGAAUGACAAAUUGCGAGGCCAAAUGGCGCGAAAGCUAAAACCCAGCGGGAUCACAAAGCCUGAGGUGGAUUAAAGAUAGAGUUCCGCAGCGCGGGUUGCGAGCAAUGGCAACGUUUAUGUUGUUGGCGCGGGUAAAUACACUGGCUGGCCCGUAAAUUCGAGGCCAUCUUCCUUCAUUGUUCCGUCUUGAAUGGAGAGAGCAAAGAAAACGACGAACGAGGAGCGGCGAGGGUGUAGGGGAGGAACGAACCGUGCCGAACAAAUAGCGAAAAUUACCAUCUCUGCACCGGGAUCCACCUAUUAUGUAAUUGCUGUUUAGCUGACUGCGGGGAUACUGCUUUAAUGAUUGCUUUAUGACGCCAUUAAGUUCUUCGGGCAUCGCCUUUUGUCUCUGAUAAGCAACGCGACAAAGGUACGAGAUUAAGCAAUACAGCGCAAGCGGUGCAGUCUAUACGUGGCACAGAACGUUCGGAAGAGCGUUUUGCAAAUUUAAGAAGCGUGGAGGUACUUGAAGAUGUAAUUAGAAAGUUAAUAGAGAGGGCUCCCGGCGCCGCGUUGGACUCUCGUAAAUGCUGGAGUUGGUUAAUUAAACGAAAUCGAGACACGGAGUACAUUUUUAAUCGCAUACGUGAGGCGACCCGUAUUUCGCACAAGCGAAGAUGAAAUCGUUACUCUACGAGAUAGAGAAAUAAACUUUUCAGCUUAAUGAAACAUUCAGAAAUUGGAAUAAAAGUUGAUUGAUUAAUAAUUGAAUGCCAAAGGUAGUUGUUUAAACAAGAACAAAAAUAUUUCACUUUUCAAUGAAAGGGUACCUGAAAUAGAGUAAAUUCGAAUGAACGACGAGGUUAGUUACACAAAAGCAAGGCGAAGAUUCCACAUUAAUAAAAUAUGCACUGUCUCGUGUAUUUCAAGUAAAAAUGAAGACGGAAUGUUUUUUUUCCAACAUAAAAAGUAGAAUUAAUAACCAUGAUAAAACAUUAAGAAAUUCUAAGAAAAGAAGAAGGUCCAAAGAAACAUAUUAUUAAUAGAAAGGAGUGGCUAAAGUAGAGUAAAUUCUCGUGAAUAAGAAGGGUAGCUUCUAGUUAUUCUUUCAAGAUAAAAGGAGAACCUUUAAGCUCGAUAAAAUAUUCACGAAUUCUGAGAAGGAAAGAAGUAACAAAAGGACAGAUUUAAUUGUUAAUAAAAACAAUGCUUGCAGCAGUAUAGGAUUUCACGAAACCAGGCAUAGAUAACAUUUUAAUAAACUACGAGAAAUACACAUUUUACACGUAAUAUGUCUUUCUUUUUAAUGUAAAAAGUUUCGAGGUUUGUUAAAACAUUGGUUAAUUCCUCAAAAUAAAGUAUAAUCAUAGAAAGUAAUUAAAUUGGUGACAGAUAAAGUGGCUAAAGUAGCUUAUAUCCUUAUUAGUGCUAGGAGUGGUUACUUAACUUUUUAAUUAGUGCGGUCGAUUAUACUCGAGCGCGGGUAACAAUAUUAAUUUAGAUUGUGAAGUUAAAGAAAAUUCCAGCCAUAUAACCUUCUCGGCUUUUGUGGGCAAUUCUGUAGCUUAAUUUUACUUUCAUACAUAAAUAUACAAAAUUAAUUGUGAAAUCGAGUUAGCAUAGAUACCUCUCUGUCGCUGAUUUAUUCGAUAAAAAGGUCAAACGUAAAUUAAGCAAUGGUCGGUAUCGCUUCCAUAAAAUACGAAUUACAUCAGAUCUCUCGUGCAAAUGAAAAUGAAAUGUUGCCUCUUUGACGUGGAAAGUAAAACACUUGAGUUUCGCUAACACAGAAAAAGACACCGAAAAAUAUAAUUAAGUUCGUAAUAGGAAAGGUGCCUUAAGUAGCGUAAAUUCUCAUGAAUGCUAAGGAUGAUUACGUAAGCGUAAGCAAGACGCUGGGUACCAUUUUAAUAAGCUACAUACAACACAAUGUAUUUCGUACAAAUGAAAAUGAAAUCCUUCUUGCAUAAAGAGCAAAAUUUCUGUGCUCCAUAUAACAUAUGCAAAUUUUUAGAAAGAAAGAAUUACUAAGAAAUGUCAUUAAGAACUUAAUGAAAAAAGUGCCUGUAGUAGUAUAGACUGUCGCAAACGCUAGGGGUGGUUAGCACGUCGAGACUAGCAUGCGGGUGUAGUAUAACGAAAUACUGUAUAAAAUGCUGUCGCAUUUUUAAGUGUAAGAAAGAGAUUUCUUCAAUGUCGCGUGAGAAGAAUUCAAUUUUAACGAAACACUUUGCAUUCGGUUCGUUAAAGGAUGGCCUCAAAUUUACGGUCGGUUAUGCGCGGUAUAUUUACUCUUUACUUUUCUAUACAUAAUGAAAUACAUAACCGAGUAAACCUUUAACCGUGGUAGCGUAUAUCUCGAUUUAAAGGCAGAGAAUGCUUAUGAUAUAAGUCAAAUAAACUUCAAUUUGGUACGGAGAUCAAACAGAGAUAUGAUUUUAUUAGUUUGAACAUUGAUACGCUUAUAUUCAUAAUAUUUUUGUUCGAUCAAAACGUAUAGUUGACAUUUUAUCUGGUAUUAUAUUUAUAUUUCAAUCUCUAAAUGCUA